AUGCUGAGCGCGGUAACGGAGAAGGUGCUGCCCCAGCCGGCUUCGUUCAACAAGAAGAAGCAGUAUGAGAUCCACGAGGUCCUCGGCACUGGCACCUUCGGCAAAGUCAUGCGCGCGACAUGGCAUGUCCCGCCAGAGCAAGUCAACAUCGCCAUGCACGGCGCCUCGGGCGGGAAUAAUGGCAAUCUGAGCGCGGGGCCCUUCACCGCGUCUCCGCCGUCGACCCCGGGCGUCCCGUCGAGCCCCGGCAGCAGGCUCUCGGCAGCAUCGGCCCAGUCGUCUGCGCGCCCCGGUGCAUCGCCCGUCCACAGCGGCACUGCGUCCCCCGCCGCGUCGUUCAUGUCGCGCCGCUCGACGAGCAACGCCAGUAUCAAAGAUUCGGGGAUCAAGAGGGACGUUGCGCUCAAGGUCAUACCGAAGAAGAAGGUCAAGGGGAACGAGGCGAGCGUGUGGGGCGAGAUGGAGGUGCUCAAGGGUCUUGAUCAUCCUAACAUCGUCAAGUUCUACGAGUGGUUCGAAACUCGGACCAAAUACUACCUCUCCUUCGAACUCGCCGUCGGCGGAGAACUCUUCGAGCGCGUGUCCAAACGCGGCAAGUUCACAGAGGCGGACGCCGUCACUGUCAUACGGUCUGUGUUGGAAGGUGUGAAGUACUUGCACGACCAUGAUAUUGUGCAUCGUGAUCUCAAACCCGAGAACAUCCUCUACCGCACACGAGACGAAGACUCUGACAUCGUCAUCGCGGACUUCGGCAUCGCGAAACACCUGCACUCGGACGACGAGCAGCUCACAUCGCUCGCCGGCAGCUUCGGCUACGUCGCGCCCGAAGUACUCAACAACUUCGGCCACGGCAAGCCCGUCGAUCUCUGGUCAACCGGAAUCAUCACCUACGUCCUCCUGUGCGGAUACUCGCCCUUCCGCUCGGACGACGUGAAAGAGCUAGUCCGCGAAACGACUGAAGCGAAGAUCGAGUUCCACGACCGGUACUGGAAAGCCGUCUCAGCCGAAGCAAAGGCCUUCAUCCGCGCCCUCCUCUCCCCCGCGCCCCACUCCCGCCCCACCGCCUCCCAAGCGCUCCAACACCCCUGGCUCGCCUCGGGCGGCACCGACACGCAGCUCGACGGCCUGCGCGACAACUUCAACCCCAAGGCGCGCUGGAAAAAGGCGAUCUCGGGCGUGCGCGCUAUGGGGCGCAUGCGCUCGAGCAUAUCGCGCACGAGCUCGGCGGGGAGCGCCGUGGGGAGCGGCAGUGCGAGCGAUGAUGAGGAUGGGGGGUGGAGGACGGGGGGCGAGGAGGAUGAUUUGGAUGGGGAGAGGGAGGGGAGGGAAAGCCCGAGCGUGUUGAAAGGACCUACGCCGGGGUUGAAGAGGCUCGAUACGGACCACCCAGGCGAGAACGACAACGUGCGCGUAACGCCCGGCACACCCGUCGCGUCCACCCACCCGCACCCCCACCCUCACCCUACCACUACACCACCUCCCCCGCAAGCCCCGCCCGGACACGCCGUCGCGGGCAACGACGACGACGACGACCCGAUUAUGCCGGGCUCUUUCGAUCUGGGGACGAGGAGCCAGCGCGCGAGCGAGGAUAAUGGGGGGCAAGGGGAGGGAGAGGGCGCGGAGGGCGUGCUGGAGGCGCUUUGGAAGCGGUUUCAGAGCGUGAGGCUUGGGACGGCUGCGAGUUGA